AUGGCCUCAACCACUCCGCAGGCAAGCGGCACUCCCAAGAUCGAGACCUCGAAGCCCCCUGCCGUUGAACCCCAGCUCCAACCCCCCGCAAACUCGCCCGACCUGGUGUUGGUGCCUGCUACGCCGACUGAAGGUGUUCAAGCGGACCUUCUCAACAACGAGGAGUGGAAGGGUCCUCUGACAUUGGAGCAAUACUUGCGGCGAGAAGCCAUUUUACAAUCUGUUGAUCUGACAAAAGAUGGGCGAAUUACAGGCUGGAUUCUGACCUCUACAAGUCUGCCCGCCAAUGAAGACGGAACCCGACCUAUAUUUGCCUCUUGCGAGACAUACCCGAAACAUGGUUACGUGGCCAAAGAUGGCAAGGUUGACAAGGUCCAGGCACAUGGGAUCGGCUCUGUGUUCACACGCCCGGAAUAUCGUGGGAAAGGCUAUGCAGGAAGGAUGAUGGCAGACUUGGGGAAGAGACUGGAGACCUGGCAACAGGUGGAUGGACAGAUCAACCCAUUUUCUGUGCUGUACAGCGACAUCGGACGCAACUUCUAUGCACAACAUGGCUGGAAAGCCUACCCCAGCACACAUAUUCACUUCGCUCCCCUGCCCCCAGCGGAGUACGAGGCCGCUCGAGGCUCCCUUCCCGCAGUUGAAGACCUGUCAGCGGCAGAAUUGAAGCAGAUUCCAACGAUCGACUACCUGGAACAACGUCUGCAGCAGUUGUCAGGAUCCAGAACCGGCACUGUCCAUGUUGCCGUCCGUCCCGAUUCAGAACAUUUCCAGUGGCAUUUUGCUCGAGAAGAAUACUAUCACGAGGUACUUGGGAAAGCAGAACCUAAAAUCAAAGGUGCCAUACAUCGGGACACGGGUCUGGGGUUGGUCUGGCUUCGCAAGUAUGCAGCCGACCCGAAGGAGUGGAGGCUCUACAUCCUCCACACCGUGCUACCUCCUUCUGUUGAAAACUCACCAGAUACCCAGGCCGUAAUGGCAGCACUUCUGGCGAGGGCGCAACGUGAGGCGCAUGAGUGGGACCUACCUGUCGGCGUUGAAGUCUGGAAUCCUUCUGAUCUGGUAAUUGCUGCGGCCAAAAAGCUGAAGAGGGAAGAACAUGAAGAAGUCAAGAUUGUUACCCGAGACAUGGAUCAUAUCUGCAGUCUACGGUGGGCUGCGGGUGGAAAUGAGGAGGUUGUCUGGGUUGCGAAUGAGCAAUAUGCCUGGUGUUGA